AUGUCGAAACCCUUCACAACGGCUGAGGUCGCCCAGCACAACAAGGCCGAGAACGGCAUGUAUAUCAUCAUCGAUUCAUCCGUCUACAAUAUCACCGAUUUUCUAGACGAGCAUCCCGGUGGCGCGAAGAUUCUGAAGCGGGUUGCGGGCAAGGAUGCCUCGAAGCAGUUUUGGAAGUAUCACAACGAAGGUGUGCUAAAGAAGUACGGCGGCAAGCUGAAGAUCGGCGAGGUCAAGGAGGCUGCGAAGCUAUGA